GUAGGAUAAUAACAAUGCAAACGAUUACGUAAUGAAAGUUUCCCCUUUUGAUCGCCGGAAAAUUCUUCCCAUAUACCCUACCUGUGCAAAAUUAUUGGUUCUUAUUUCAAGGGUGGUUUUGCGAGUUAGCGCCUAUAAACCGAUUUUUAUGUCUCAAACCAUCACUUUAAAAAAAGACAUUCAACAACCUUCCAUUCAAAUAUACCGGUAGAAAACUUUAGUCUAGUCUAUCAAAGCUAUUUCUAGACUAAUUUUUGAUUACUGCAAUUAAAAUAAAACUGCUACGAAGACAAUGAAUAUUGAGUUAGUUGAUAUAGACUACGUUUAUUGUUAGGUCAAAUUUUGCAGUUAUGUGAAUUGGCUGAUGUUUCGGCAGCAAAUAAGGAGGUCAAUGUCCGGAGAAACAACUAUAUAUCUAAUUAGAGAUUUAUAAAGUUGUAGUACGUAAAUUGAAAUUGUUUUGCAACCCAGUGUGGAAGGUUUGGGUCGUGACCCUGUUUUUGCGAACCCCUGAUCUGACCUAUCAUCAUUUAGAAGGUUAAGUUAAUAACCCAAAAUUCGGACUUAUUCGUUCUUUAUUCCAUCAACAGUAGAUGUCACAAUAUUUAAUAGCCUAUAAAAGCAGUGAAUUUUUACUCGAUUCAGGUAAUAACGUAUGCAUGAUUUGUUGAAUUGAUGGAAAAACAUGGGAAAUGAAUAAUGUAAAAAAUAAUUUUUGUCAAAACAUGUCUUGUGUUUUUUUCUCAGUGUCAGCAAUCAAUAUCAAAAGCAAGGAAAACUUGGUGCAGCAUUGUUAACUAAUUUUGCAGACAGAGAUUACAAAAUUUUAAUGUACGUCAGCAAACAACAGCCUGUUACAACAGCAAAGAUAUCUUCAGAGUUUCAGUUUAAUGUCCUACCAAACAACUAUGCAUCCUUUUAUGAUGACCAACGACAAAUGUGGUCAGUGCUGUUUGAUAAAAGUGACCAGUUGGUUAAUUUUGCGAAGCAGGUUUGUCUUGCAAAAUACAAUAGUGCACAGAAUUCCAAUGUUGUUGUUGUUCAAGAAUUGCAACUUGGUGAACAAGAUACUUCACCAUUGAAAUCAGGGGAUUCUGUGGAAGCCAAAUAUACUGGAUGGCUUGUGCAACCUCAGAAUGGUACUUUGGGAUCUGUAUUCGACUCUAAUCAUAAAACAGAAAAAACUUUCCGGUUCAAAACAGGCAAAGGAAAAGUUAUUAAGGGCUGGGAAGAAGGAAUGCUUGGUUUGAAAAGAGGUGGAAAACGAUUUUUAGUGAUACCUCCUGCUCUUGCAUAUGGAUCAAAGGGAGCUGGGAAUAAAGUUCCUCCUAAUUCAACACUUGCUUUUGAAGUUGAUAUUUUGAGAAUCAAGCAUCAGGGUACUGAUAAUUCAGUCCAACAGUCCAACUCUGUUGAGUCUGUUCCUCAAUCACUGGCUCAAGCAUCUGAACCAGAACCAAGUUUUGGACAAAAUUUAGAAGUUCCUUUCGGUGGAAUGCCAACAACUGGAGAGGAAACAGUCAAAGGAAGAACAGCUUCUUUUAAUGAACAACUGGCUCAUCAACAAGUCGAUAGUAGUAAGGCCAAAUUACUAUCAAGAAUGGCUAAAGUUGGUCAACCAAUGUUACCACCUAAACCAUCAGCAGUGGCACAUUCACAGGAACCUGAUACUGGACCAACUCAACCAAUGGCAGUUUCUUCUCAAGUUCAUGCUCAAGCUCCCUCUCAGUCCCAGACCCAUCAAGCUGUUGCUCCAGUUGCCCAUACCCCACCUCAACAACCUCAAAUGCAGAUGACAAGAGAAAUUUCUCAGAGUCCUGCAUAUCCAGCAAUAAGUCCAGUUGCAAUAGAUCAGACUUAUAUGCAUAAUCCUCACGCUACAUUCCAACAUUCAGGACAUUCCAUAUCUCCUCACUCAACCUUUGGAAUGAUGCAAAGCAAUCCGGUACUCAGUCAUUUUCAGCAAUCCUCUGGUAUAAUGCCUUACGCCGGAAUUCAACCUUCGACAUUUAAUCAUUUACAGGCAUAUUCAAACCAAACAGGAGCUGAUUUUUUACCAGCAAUUUUGUCUGAGUCCCAGAAACAGAGUUCUGACAUGAAGGUUUUGUUGGACAAAAUGGAAAAGGUUUCUGAUAAAGUUUCAGCGAUGAUGAAAGUUUCUGAAUCCCAGCAAUUGAAUAUAUCUUCUGCUGACAAUAUGGAUGCUGCAUUGUUAUCUCAUAAUAUUCAAAGAAUAGUUCAGGAGAAUGAAAAGAUGAAGAAAAAAGUUUUGGAGAAAAACAAGCAAAUUGAAACACAAAGUGACAAGAUUGCAGACUUGUUGCAGCAAAAUCAAAAAUUAGUUGAGGAGAGUCAUGCUCAAAUGGAGAAGAGAAAUACUUCAUUUAAAGAAACUUUUGGACAAACUCAGGAACGAACUCUCCAACUUGAAAAGGAAAAAGUGGAACUGACAAGUAAAUUGAGUGACGCAACAUCAAAAAUAUGUGAAUUACAAUUGAAUGUAGUUAAUAUGACAGAUCGAGCAAAUUCAUUGGAAAAACUAGUCAAAGUAUCAUCUACAGAAGCUGAAUCUAAACAAACUGCUGAUCAAUUUAAAUAUCAAGAGAUGGAGAACCAACUUUCUCAGGCUUCUAAACAAUUGGAAAUACUGAGAUCUGAUAAAAUGAAACUUGAAAAAUUAUAUCAAGAUAAAUCAUCUUCUGCCGAUGAGGAAGCAAGUCAGAAAUUAGGAGCUGCACAACUAGCAUUUGAGGAAGAAAAGACAAGUCUUUUACAACAAAUAGAGAAAUUGAAAGAAAGUCAUAGUGCAGAAAUGCAAAGCCUACAAGAAAAAUAUCAAUCGGAGUCUAGUGGUGCCGUUGGUGUUAAAAACGAAUUAGAAGCAAGAUGGAGAGAAAAGUGCAAGGAAGCAGUCACCACGGUAACAAAAGCAGCAGAAGCUAAGUUGAAUGAAGUAAAUGAGGAAAAAGAUGAACUUGAACAGAAAAUUGAAGCUUAUCAGAAAAAGUUCCUGCAGUUGCGGAAAAUGUAUGAAGAAAAACUGAAGUCAGAAGAAGAAUUGACGGAGAAAGUAGAAGAAUUAGAAAGCAUCCAAGAAAGAUAUGGUAAACUGAGGAAUCAAGCUGUUGCAAUGAAAGAAAAGUAUGAAGAGACCAUUGCCGAACUGAGGGAAAGUUCACAGGAAAGUCAGAAAACAGAUGUUGAUGUUACUGAUCAGAUCAAGUCUGUAAUGAAUGAUGUUUUUCGUCAAAUUAAUUCCAACAUAUCGUCUGAUGAAGAAUAUGAGGGUAGUGAAGUGAUGGGAGUCGUGCUCAAUGUUAUUAAGUCAACUACUUUGAAAAUACUGCAACCUGCAUCCAACCUGACUGAACAGAGUGAGAAUGAGAGUGAGGGAGAAGAGGAGAUGAAUGGGGAGGCGGAGAAAACUGAAAAUGUAAAUGAGAAGAUAAUAGUUGAUUCUGAAAAAACCGCUGAAAAUGAAACGAGUGAAAUCGAAAAUUAUACAGAAAAAAAUGUGGAAGAUGAUGUGGUGAAUUCUGUGACAGACACAGCAGCACCAGUUGUUGAAGACCAGGAUUCUAAUGUUUCUGAUGAAGCGAAGGAAUCAGAUGACCAAAGAAAUGAAGUUGGCAAGAUUUCAACAGAUGUUAAAGAUGAAAAAGAGGUCAAAGAAAUUGUGGAACAGCAAACUUCAGAAGAACAAAUAGAAAUCAUCCAUCAGUUGGAUCAAACGGAAGAAGAAAAAGCUGUUGUUAGUCAAGUUCAAUUAGUGACAAACGACCCUGAUGAAAAAGCAGAGGAAAAAAUUUCUUCUGAGCAGAAUGAAUCCGAAAAAGACGAAGUUGAUAACAAAACAGAACCUGUGGAUAACAAAUUGGAUGAGGAUGAAGAAAGAUCACAGUCACCAGAUAUUAUUGCCAAACCUUCACCUCCCCCUUUGUUUGAUGAUGACGAAGAAGAUGAAGAUGAUGAUUUGAAUUGGUUAAAAUAAUCUAACAAUUUUUUUGAAUUUAACAAAAUCUGUAUUUCAAGUUGAAACUUAUAUUUACAUCACCACUCACUUAGUAGGACAUUUAUGCAAUUUUUUUAAGGUAUAGCGAAAUAGAUAAAUAAUUUCUCUGGAAUAUGAGUUGAAAAUAAAGUACGCAUAAUACAGUGGAAAUACACACACGAUUUAACUUCGGGCUACAAUAUAAAAUAAUAUUGAUGGAAAUUUCCAGCCUUAAACUUUUUUAACAAAAUAAAUUUGCUAUCAAUGUAUUCAUGAUUGAACCUGAUUUGAAUGAUUCGCUAAUACAUAUAAAGCCACUUAUAAAUGUUUCAUGUCCUAAAACUUUUGCUGGAAUGGGCAUUACAAUAACAGGUGUUUGUUAAUUUGCUUUUUGAACUCUGAUAGGAGAUUUAUCAAUAAAUAUUUGUAAAAUUACUAUGUACUAUGUAUUCUAUCGUGAUUUUUAUUAACAAUAUCCUGCAAUAAUGCAUGAUUGCCACCAGGUAAAGUCAUGUUGAUAAUAAAUAAAGCUGAACCAGUGUUAGCAAAACGGUGUAAUUUGCCGACGUUUUGAACAUGAUGAAGUUUUCCUGUAUAGAAAUUCGAAACGUCUGCAAAUUACAUCGUUUUGCUAACACCGGUUGUGCUUUAUUUAUCAUCAAUAUCCUGUAAUGAUUUGGAUUUGUUGCAUACGAAUCAGUAUGGACUAUUAGUGCUAAAAUGUUUUCAAUACGAGCUGUGAAGUAUUUUAUAUAAGUAGUUAAUUGCAUAGAUAAUUGCUUGAAAUCCCACUAAAUUGAUUAUUUGCUGUUGUUACUUGUAGCUGUUAUCCAAUGUUUCAAAAUUCUUUUGCUUCUGAAUUGUGCAAUACUUUUUUGUUGAUUUAAAUAACUUGAUCAGUCAUUCUGAUUUCUGAA